AGAUGUGCUCACUCACUCACUCAGUCAGCACUCACACACACACAGGCAGAGUGGAACUUCAUUCGCGAUUCCGCAUUUUUUAACUACCCUCCUCUUUUACACAAAAACUCCACAAAUGCUCACAUUUUUGCUUGCUGUGUGAUCUUGCGGGAGAACAAACGCAAUCAUCGGCACACAGCUUGCACACUUUGCCAACUCUUUUUCCUUCCAAUUGGGGCUUUUUAAAUUCCAAAGGAUGCUGGUCUCCACUUGGAAUAAAUGCUGGCUGUUGCUGCUCCUUGCCACCGCUGUGCGGAUGGGGACGUGCCAGGUACCGGAGGGGCGCCCUAAGCUUAACUCUAUCAAGCCGGUUCUACUUGCAGCGGAGGAGAUAGAGGUGCCCACUGCAGCUGCCUCCAACCGCUCGGCCACUGCGCACGCAAGCACCGGCAAGAAGCACAGCAUCUUUGCACAGCAGGUGUAUCCGUGCAGCAAUGACAAGGAGUGCAGCGUGGGAAGUUAUUGCCACAGUCCUCAGCAAACCCCCUCUCGCUGCCUGGCAUGCCGCAGGAGGAAGAAGCGAUGCCAUCGAGACGCCAUGUGCUGUCCCGGCAAUCGCUGCAAUAACUAUAUUUGUGUUGCUAUCUCUGAGAGCGUGAUCUCGCCUCAUAUCUCCGCCUUGGAUGAACACAACAAGCUCUCUGCUAAAGACCACAGCUGGAGGAAAAGUGGGAAAACACAUGCCAAGCAUUCUCUCAAAGGUCAUGAAGGCGACCCUUGCUUGCGUACCUCCGACUGCUCUGAGGGCUAUUGCUGCGCCCGUCACUUCUGGACCAAAAUCUGCAAGCCGGUGUUGCGACUGGGCGAGGUGUGCACUAAGCAGAGAAAGAAAGGCUCUCACAACUUGGAGAUCUUCCAGCGCUGCGACUGUGCCAAGGGCCUCUCUUGCAAGGUGUGGAAAGAUACCACCUCCUCAUCCAAGUCCAGACUCCACAUGUGCCAGAAGAUCUGAAGACGCAGGAGGCUAGCCUUUAUUACUUUUAUUUGAUUUAUUUUUUCCCUUAAAGAAAUGGCGUAUAGACAGACAGAAGGGACUGUGUGGUGCCGUACUUCACCUCUAUGCCAGCUUGUGCUGCUGUGGACUGAGUCCAGGCUGUGGAGAGACCACAGAGAAGCCACAUUAUUAUUUUAAUUACGAUUACGACCGUCCAGUACAUUCCUCAUGAUGCUGCAAAAUUCAUUUGCUUUUGAAUACUGUGUGAGAGGUUUUUCCAUGCUGGGUUGUCUGAAUAUGUAAAUGAUCAUGCACUGUGCCAUGCAGGACCAUACCAACCGGUCCAAACUAAAAGGCUAUUGUGGGUGAAACAAAUGGAAUUAUGUCAACAAGAACAACACAAUAAUAUGCACUACUUAUUUGACUAAAAUAAAUAUACGCCAUCAUUAGAUUAGCUUUUUGCUACACCUCAGCUGUGGACCCUCAUCUAUAAAAAUGUGUGCGGAAAUCGAACUAAAAGUAAUGUAAUGAAACCCAAAAUGUGCAUACAAUUUGUGGUUGAUAGAUUCCACCUUGAGGAACUCCGCCUCAAGUUAUGACCUUUUCCACGCUUCCACUACACCAUAGAAGGUCAAUGCAAAGUAACUCAUGACGAGAAAGAAGCGGAAUUAUUGGGAAUAGUAUCAUAUUUGGGAGACACAACAUUGGCAUAACAAAUAAAAGAUGGGCUGAGUGACAACAUGUCCGCCGUCAUCUGUCUCAACAGAGCAGGGCCAUAAAAAAGGCAUUUUUUUACAUCAAACUAUGAGGUAUAUUGUAAUUAUUUUAUUCAUAAAUGUUCCUAUUGAUGACAAACUUUAAUUUCUCUUAGUCGGGAUAUUAUACAGUCAUUAGUAAUGGUAUUUAAAUAACAACCCACAUGUUUUAAGUCAAUAAUUAUGUGUUUUUUUCAUGCCAAUAUGGAUAAAUCUUUAUUGACUUCUAUUAGAUGUUUAUUUCAUUCAUUCAUUCAUUCAUUCAUUCAUUUUCUAUAAAGCUUAUCCUCACGAGGGUUGUGCUGGAGCCUAUCCCAGCUGUUUUCAGACGAGAGGCGGGGUACACCCUGGACUGGUCGCCAGCCAAUCACAGGGCACAUAUACAUAAACAACCUUUCUAACAUAUAAUUUCACGGCACCACACCUUAUUGCUAACUUUUCGGCCCCAUUUUGUGCAUAUGCAAACUUUAUUUGUGAGGCCCCCGGACACUUCUGCAGUAUUAUACCCCACAAUCUCUGUCUUCAUUUGGAUAAAAUUGCUGUUUUCUAGUGUUUCUGAUUACAACAUUUUGUAAUACACUGCUAGAAAUGAUUAAAAUAAACACCCAACCGUUAACCCUACAUUGCCGUGUCGCCUUAGCGCCUUCAGACUUCACUCGGAUAAAAUAACAAGAAGGUAAACACAGAAGAUCAUAAUCUUGUUUUUCAUGAAGUGAAAGCAGUAGUCCCUAUUUUUUUAUUCACAUAUCCCUUUUCUUGUCAUUUUGUAAGCAUCUAUAAUAUAGAUAAGCUCUUAUAUUGUAAAUAGAGUGGAAGUGAUGAUAAUGUAUUUAAGAAACAGUGUAUAUCAUGUACAUAUAAGAAGAUAUAAAGCCUAAAUGGCACCGUCAAAUAAUCUAGGUGAGUGAAGAUUGAAUGGAUGAAAUGGGGCUAAAACACACAGCGGAUGUCUUAGACCAGGGGUGGGCAAACUUUUUGACUCGCGGGCCGCAUUGAUAUAACAAAAUUUCCGGGGGGGGCAGACUAUAUAUUGUACACGAAACAGUCCACAUGGUAUUAUUGUAUCUGUAAAAUUGUCAUGCAAUCUGCUAUUAUUAUUUAUUAUUUUAUAUUUAUAUUUAAAUAUUUUAAAAAUAAUAAAAUAUUAUAAUAAUUAAAAUAAAAUUAAAAUAAUAAUAAUUAUAUUAUUAUUACGUAAAAUAUGCAAAUAUAACAAUAUUAUUAUAUAUAAUUAUAUAAUAAUUAGCAUUAAUAUAAUAAAUAUAAUAAUCAUAAUAGUUAUAAUAAUAAUAUAAUAAUAAUUAUUUUAAUUUUUAUUAUUAUUAUGUGCUUGUGUCUCUUUUUUCAGGAGCACUUUGUAAACAACAGACCAUGUCAAACAACGAAAUUGAUACAACCAUCAAAAGGUUGGCUCAGGCCAUGAUGCCAGGUUGUAUGUUGAGUUUAAAUUAAAUACUUUUGAAAGAUUGGGCGGGCCGUAUUCAAACACUUGGCGGGCCGGAUGUGGCCCCCGGGCCGUAGUUUGCCCACCCCUGUCUUAGACUGAUUAUAUAGAGUACUUGGCAGGUGCAUCAUAAAGGACACAAUAGACAGAUACAUUGUGUAAAUGGUAUUUACAUGGUGUCCAAUUAAAUACUGUUUUAUGUGAAUAAUUCCUAUCGAUUUGCUUUUUGCAUAAAUGCAGUGAUGAAUUAAAGAAUGUAUUUUGUAUUAAUGGACUGAGUAUUGUUUUUAAUCGCCUCCUGCAUAAACACUGAACUCAAAGAUCCUCUAUAUGACAGAGUUGCUGUUUUUAUGGAUGUCGUGAAAA